CCUGAACAACCAAGUUUCUCCCUCUUUUUUGCUCUUCAAAAUACUAUCACCUCACAUAACCAACUUUUCAGGAUGAAUAUCGACUCAUUGAUCGAAAAGCCUUUGAAGUUCAAGCAAGUUCCAUUCACAGAACCCAAAACGAACAAAAAAGGUCGUCGAAGAUCGUCUACUCGAACCGGCCCAAAACUUUUUAAAUGUACUGGCUAUGGAGACUGCAAUAUGGUUUUUACUCGAAGCGAACAUCUUGCACGACACGAAAGAAAACACACUGGAGAGAAACCUUUCACUUGCGUCGUUCCUGGAUGCGAUCGAACUUUUAGUCGUUUUGAUAACAUGAUGCAACAUACACAAACGCAUUCACAUCAGAAAACAAGAACGAACAAGCGGCCACUGGCCGUCAACGCAGAAUUAAAGCGAGUUUCUCAGCUUCGACGAGCUUCUAUGCCAGUUGACCAAUAUAAGCCAAUCGAUAUUCGCCCAGCACCACUAAGUCCGAGAAACCGUAUGUCCUGGCCACAAUCAUAUGCCAUGCAACCUUCGGGUCCUCCCAAUUAUGGCCAUCCUGUUUUGCCGUCCCCUUAUUCCUCACAUCAUCCUAACGAACCACAAUUCGGUCAACACAGCAAUACUAUCAGCUUCCACUAUCCAUCAUAUCACCAACCGUACCUUGAGCCCAUGGAGCCUUCUCCCCAACGUGAGCUGUCCAUCAAUACAAAUUUUAAGAGAAAUUCCAUUCGCCGAUUGUCAAUGGCUGACCUUCAUAGCCCAAUUGAUAAUAUCCAUCCCGAACGACCCAUGGAUGCAUCUCCGUCUCCCAUCUCUGAGCCUCAAUCUCCUCCUACUCCUCCGAGACAUGGUCCAGAAGCACAAAAAGGUGUAGAAAUCACCGAAGAUGAAUAUCAGGCACUUCAAGGAUUCGGCAAGUUCCAUUUGAGAGAAGUCAGAAAGAUGGAUAUCGACUUCACUACUCCAAAUAUUGAAACUAUCCGUUCCAACAUCUCUGUUAAUGAAAGCUGUGAGCGUGGACGUUAAGGAAGACGCCCGCCCGGUAGCACACUCCAUUCAACAGCAUUCUUCCUGAAACUAUGCUAUUCUUAUUUUUUUCUUUUCUUUCCUGCUUUUGCUUGCUUGAAUAAAAAGAUAUGCAUUUGGAAAAAAAAUGUAGAUAGAUUUUUUGAAAACCCAUAAAGUCGUUCGUUUGCCUUUACCGC